AUGAUGCGCGAGCGCCUUUGCUCGGUACGCCGCCUUGAGGUCCUCUGGGGAGGCAUCCGCAGCAACACCGAGCAGUCGUCGAGCGGCGUCGUGGGAGGUGGAGAGCUGCCGGGACAGGGCUCCGUCGCCGCGCACUCGCCCUCCGCCCUCAAGGACGCGGGCGGGGAGGCCCUCGCCGCGGGCGACAUCGUCCGCGCGACUCAUAUGUACACGAUGGCCAUCGACUUGGUCCUCGAGGGCGAGGCGCCGCCGGCGAGUGGCGCAGAUUGGUUCGCGCUGGACGCCAAGAGCGGCGGCGUGCUCCACGCGCUGCUCUCCAACCGCUCGCUCACGCUGCUCAAGCAAGAGGACGCUCCGGCGGCGGCAGAGGACGCAGAGCACUGCACAUGUGCUCGGCCUGACUGGCCCAAGGGCCACCUGCGCCUCCUCGCGGCGCUCGACGCUUCCUUCACGCCGCUCGAGGAACGCCGCCGCGUGUGCGCCCGCGCGCUGCGCGCAUGCCCCGGCCACCGAGCGCUGCACGAGGCCAUGACGGUGCUUGACGCUGAGGCGGCCACCGCCGCUGCCGGCAAGCCGGCCGGGCGCCGCGCCGAGGAGGAAGAGGCGGAGCAGAUCGCGGCGACGCGGCGCGUCGCGGAGGACCCCGGCGACCCGCGCCGAUUCAUGGCGGCAGGGGACUUCGGCUCGGCGCUCGCGGUCGGAGCGUUUGGCUUGCAGAAGGACGUGGCCGCGGCGGAGGUGUACCUGCGAGGCGCCGAGAUGCUCCGCCGGGCCGCCGAGGGCGGCGACGAGAGCGCGGCCGCGACCUGCGAUCAGCUUCUCUCCGAAGCAAAGGCGCGCGAGGAGGAGGCGCUCUUCAAGCUGCGGGCGCUGGCGAGCGGCGGCGACUCGCGAGCGCGCGCCGUGCUCGAGCAGCACGAGGCGGAGCGCGCGGCGGAUCUCCUUGUCUUCUCCUGCAUCUAG